AUAUGAAUAUGCAGGGAUAAAAAUUAAUGAAUGGAAUCAUAGACAACGAGGGUGUCAAAAGUCAUCCAUUUACAUAAAGGACCUCGUCUAUGAGCUGGAGUGAGGAUCGAGGUUAAUUUUUCAUGUGUGUGUGAGAUUUAGACAGGGGUGUUAAUAAGCAUUAUCCAGCCCUUCUUUCUCAGGGGUAUUGUGGGGAUUGUUCCAGAUACCCUCUGAAAUCACUCCCCCUGAACAUCCCAUCAACUCAUGCUGACACACAUCCCCCUACCCCCCAUCAACACACCUCCCACACAUGCUAUCAUUAUUCAUCCAAGAGCAGUCUUCAGUUUGGUAUCAUUGUGUUUCUCGUGUGUUUGGCACAAGUCUUGCACGUGCAUCCAGGUGGUUAAUAUUUUUUGACAUGUUUUCUUAAAUAAGUGCUUUAGGGAAAGGUAACGGAAGCAGACGGGGCAGAAAGUACACUGAGUUCCACUUUCCUGCAGCCAUAUCAACACAACAGACUUCCUAAGUAAUGUGUUGCUUAACUGAGCUGCCUGCUGGAAUAAGUAAACAUCUGAAAUGAUGACUCUUUAGAUGCUCUUUCAAGGGAUUAAAUGAAUACUUGAGGGAAAUAUGCAUUUAUAUAAUUUGUCACUUAACCCAAAUACGUUUUGUGCUAUAGCUUGCAUAACCAUAGGACAAAAUAUUUUGCUAUUAUAGCUGCAAUAACGAUAGUGUUAGUUACUUUAUCACAAAAAUGUGUGAUUUUCCUUAUAACUACUUCCAAACACACCACAGCCAUGGUGAAAUGCUUUUUUCUUUUGAUUUUAAUCCUUUGGAUUGUUGUCAUUGCAGGACAUAUUAUCCUGGAAUGGAAAGAGGGGUAUCAAAACUAUUGCAACUCACUAUGUUAUCAUCAUUUUUUUCAGCUUUAUACCUUAAAAAGGUGAUUCUGGUGGUCAAAAAUCCAAAUGUUUGGCUGCCCCAUAACACUUCACUGUUCACGUUCACAUUAACGUUGUAUAGAUCUGUCUAGAUUACUCUUACUAUGACAUACACAGUCAUACAAUGACUUAACCACAUCAGCAAGCCGGUGUGAUAUUACUUAAAAACUGGAUGUUUCAUCAUUUCCAAAUGCUGUUAAGUGAGAUAGACUGCUAUAGACUCCUAUAACUAAAUUAACCAGGCUCAAAAAAAAUCUGUAAAUGUUUUUUGGAUCAUUUCCUGCCUCCUAUGUAAUUCUCACUGUUCUUGCAGUGAAGUAGGAAUCCAAAGCAUGAACUGCUUGGUUCUUAUAUCAUUGAGGAAUUCUUCAGAAUCAUAAUACAUGAGGUGAUAACAGCCUUUGUAUUAGCCUAGUUAUUUCUGAAGGCUUAAUGAUAAUCUGGGUUUAAACCUAUUGACAAAACAGGCUAUGAAGCUGCCAUCUUGAUGGAAAAAACAAUAGCCACUUUAGGACUAUACUUAUUGAAUUCUACAAUCUGAUUGGCCAAUUGAUCAAUAUUCUAUAAUAGCCGUUCCGAGCAAUUCACAGGAUUAUAUCAAUCCUAAUAUGUUUUCGUUUCUACAUUAACAACGGGAUCAUAUUUACAGAUAAUAAUGUGUUGUUAUUUAAAAACCAAAAGUUAUAAUCACUGAUAGAGUGAGGUUUUCUGUUAGGAGACAGGUAUAAGAGGACAUUUUUCAACUUCGGUGCUGUAAAAAAUGAUAGUUUCCCAUCAUGCCACAUUACACAACCACAUCAGUGACUAUUUUCCCCUACAACAGCAUUCCUGCGAGUGUGUUAUUCCUUCCUUAGAAAUUGUGGAUGCAUUUUUACAGGUUUCCUUGUAUAAAGUGAAGUCAAUCAACUUCAACGCAAGAUGAACUUCAAAGCAUAGUCGAGGAAAUGCAAGAGAGACGUGGGUCCCUCUUAUUAUGUAAGUGGUCUUUUGGUGAGAGGGAGGGCGAGAAAAGAAAAAGAAGGGUAAAAGAAGGUGCAAGUCUGUUGUUUAUGGUAUUAUGGUAUGAUGGUUUAAGUGUUCAGACAUGUAGACAUUGCCUAAGGGCAUGAAUGCACAGAUGCACACUUGUGCACAGACAGCCACAUUCAUGCAAGGUCCAGACAAGCCGAGUAAUUCUGUCGAAGUUUUUACCGAUGACCUCCUCUGACCUGCGCAGGAAGCUAGUGGAUAGAGUGCUGACAACUAUGGCAUGAAAAAAAAUAAAACAAAACACAAAGAUCAAGAGGUUAUGUACAGCAGUAUUAUAAGUGGAAAACAGACAAGAUGGCCGUUGUAUCAUGUUUUCGAAAAGUGUGAGAGCAAAAGGUCAAAAUAAGGAAGGCUGUUACAGAACUUUGUAGAUUGUCAAAGCAAUGUUGAACUGUUAUAACUAUAUAUAUCGAACGGUUGGAUUUUAUACGGUUAGGACGUUAGACUACAGCUUGAAAGGUCAAGUGUUCAACUUCCAAGCUGCUACCCCUGUGUCCUUAAGGCAAGGUCCCUCAAAAGGUGUAGAAAAUCACAAUAACAUCAGAGGUUUAAGCUAUUAGGUUUCUCAUUUACAUGACACACUGCAUUUUAUUAUUAGGUCAAGAUGAAGAAAAAAAUGGUGCUAGUUACAAUGCAAGUAAUAACAGGAGCCAACUUGCUUCUCUGAUGUUUCACAACAUUAAACGUAACAAUAAAGGAAUAAAAAGCGUGACAUGUCAUUUGUCAUUAAAUAAAAACUGUAAUUAUUGGCGAUUACUGUGGAUUUAUUGUGAUGAUGGUGAGAAAGGAAUCAUAUAUGGCAGGGCAUGUUGAUUUAGCAACAAUGGAGUGGUAUGAAAUGGGUAGAUUAAGAAAUCAAGAAAAAUAUUUCAAACCACAAUCCUAACAGAUUGCUAAAGUCCAGUUUAGUUUGACAGAAGUUACUAAAAAAAUUGGUCGUAGUUCCUAAAUUGUCUUAGAUGGUUGACUGCAUAAUCUUUGCAUUCCCUGUGUGAUUUCCCUCUGCUUUCUCUUCUCAACAACAUGCUGGUAAUUGAACUGGCAAAUUUCCUUCAUGUGUGAAUUAGCAUGCAAAUGUGUGUUGCAUGUGUGUGAUGUCCUGCGAUGGAUUGGCAACCCUUCCAGGCUGUAUUUCCACCUUGCGCCGUAUGUUAGUAGUUAUUUCUGGCAGUAUGGUGAGUGGGUGGAGGUGGUGGUUGAUGACAGGUUGCCCGUGCGAGGAGGCCGUCUGCUCUUCAGCUACUCGCGCACUAAGAACGAGUUCUGGAGCGCCCUGGUGGAGAAAGCUUACGCCAAGUUGAUUGGAUCCUACAGCAGUCUGAAGGGAGGCAACAUUUCUGAGGGGAUGGAGGACUUCACGGGUGGCAUUGCUUACACUCGUCCUGUUUCCUCCCGCACUCCUCCCGUCCUGUGGAGGACGCUCACUGCGGCACUGUCCAGAGGCAGCCUACUCAGCUGCUUCAUACAGGCCAAAAGUGUGAAAGAGAUUGGCAGUGUGACUCCAGAGGGGCUGGUCAGAGGUCAUGCCUAUGCCAUUACUGCCACAGAUAAGGUGUGCAAGAAAACUGAGGAGGUGUUACUGGUGAGACUGAGAAACCCCUGGGGAUUUGUGGAGUACUGUGGUCCGUGGAGUGACAAGUGUAAAGACUGGGAUGGCAUAGAGAAAGCAGAGAAGACCAGAAUCAAAUUGAACAUCGAAGAAGAUGGAGAAUUUUGGAUUGGGGUGCAGGACUUUUGCAAGCUGUAUGACACAGUGGAGUUGUGUAGUGUGAAUCCUGACUCUGAUGCUGGAGAUGAAGGUAAUGAGUCCUCCUGGUCCUUGAUCUCUCAUAAGGGAUCCUGGGUGCCCAUGUGUUCUGCAGGGGGCAGCCGCAAAAACGCACGAACUUUCUGUAAGAACCCUCAGUUCCACUUGGUUCUGUCGCAGCAGGACGUUGAGGAUGUGGAAAUGGACGAGGAUGAACUGGAUACCGGUGAUGAUGAUGACGAUGCCAGCCCUGCAGCUCCAGCAAAGAGCAGUGUGGACAAACAAAAGGAGAAGAUGAAGAAAUGCACGGUGCUGAUCGAGCUGCUGCAGAAACACCGCCGACUGAAAGACAAAGUCAACUUCCUUUACAUCGGCUACCACAUCUACAAGGUGCCCCCUGAGCUGCAGGACAACACAGGUUCUUUCAACCAGGAGUUUUUUGGCGCUAACCCGCUGGUGGGCCGAUCUGGAGAGUAUCGCAACGUGCGUGCUGUGUGGAGGAAGGUGCACUUGGACCCGGGGCACUAUAUCGUCGUGGCGUCCACACAGAGGCCCAAUCAGCCUGGGGAGUUUUUCCUCCGCAUCUACGCCAAGAAAGGCAACACACUGGGGGUUCGUGAGAUCAGCUGUUCUACUGCUAUUACUACGACUGUCAUGUCAACGCCUCCAUCAGCCGAGGAUCAGAGAACGGUGCAGAAGUGGUUUGACGGGGAAGCCGGAGCGGAUGACAAAUUAAACGCGCUGGAGUUUACGAAGCUGGUCAACUCAGUGCUGGAGAAGGACUACCAUGUUCCUCUGGAGACAUGCAGACAGCUCAUUUUCACACAAAACACUGAAGGUAGAGGCAGGCUGAGUCGUGAUCAAGCCGAUAAUCUCCUCUCCUCUCUGCGCAGUCUGCAGUCAAUCUUUCUUGAGUAUGACGAGGAUUCAUCUGGAUCCAUUAGUCCUUUUGAGCUCAGUCAAGCUCUUAAAGCAGCAGGUGUGCAGUGUGAUAAUAACAUACUACACAUGCUGUGGGAGCGCUUCGGCUCUGGAGAGCAGCAGCUGCCUUUCUACAUCUUCGUGUCAUGUGUUACCAGACUUCAAGUCCUCUUUGCUCUGUUUGAGUCAGAAAGCAGCCCAGAGGUGAAGAGCAGAGGCAUAGACACGUGGCUGCUCAGGCUGCUGGCUGUGUGAGCGCGCUCAGAUGUGACACCUCAGCAGGACAGACCUGUACGGCCAGGACUAUGCAGACGUCAUCCACCUGGAUUUGCGUUAUUUCUCUCUCUCACUCUACCUGUUCCAUUUCAUUUAUAUCACACUAUCUCGGCCUUGUUCCGAUUGCUUCCACCCACCCAUCCCUCCGUCUCUCCAUCCCUCUAUCCCUCUAUGUGACGCAGGUCAUAUGGGUCAUUCCUGAUUAUGGUCCAGACACGCUCCCUGUUCCCUGUGUUUCAAAAUAGAAGCUUAAUAAGGCCAAUAUUCUGGAUAACUAUAUUUUGUAAUAACCAUACUAUCUUUUGUACUAUCUGUCUGAUAUAUUAUCUAAUAGUUAAGUUUGGUUUAUUUGCUUGAUGCGAUGUUUAUCAUAUUUUUAUUCUAUCCAGUUAAACACUUCUCUCUUAACUGAUAAUAUAAACUGGAUAAAUAUAUCAAAAAUGAUCAUAAAUAUUCCAGUGUUAAGAACACUACAGAAAUAAGCAUAAGAGUUUAUUAUCACUUCCAAGUUCUGCCAAAUUAGACACUAGAUCAAAUCCUCUAGAUACUAAAACCAAAAUACAAACAUCCAAAAUGAUCUAGAGAGAAGAAUGCAACAAAAAUAAUGCUCCAAAAGCCUGGGAUUAGCAUGAAAUAAUAUUCAUUUUGCUUUGAACAUUUAUCAAAUAUUUUAUGUAUUAAAUACUUAUGUUCUGUUGGAAUGCAGUUAUUUGGUCUGAGGCCUCAGUCUGAAUUUAUUAACGGUAUCUGAGCAUGAAGAUGUGUCUUUCCUCAUCUUGUCUUUUUGUUCUUUCUUCCAGUGGGCAUGGGAAUCAAUGAUCUUUCAAAUAAAUCUAAGUAUCCAUAUAUAAACCUGGAUCUUUCUUUUCAUAGUGGAUACGUAUACAUACACCUCCACAUACACACAUACACACACACACACAAGGUCUAGGGGAGUGAGAGUGACUGCUGGUAUUAAAAGCGAUGUCUCAGCAGCGCUGCACGCAUCGCCUCUAUUCUUGUCGCUCUGACGCCACGUACCGCGUCAUCACGCCAUCGCUCCCUCCUCCGCUACGUUCUCCCUCUCUCCCUCCCUCCAGCUCUCUCUAGUAACUGGCUCGAUCUGCUGCCUCCUCCCCUUGUUCCCUUUCCUCUCUCGCUCUCUCCCUCUCUCUCACACACAGCCGCACAUGCUCACUCGCACCCUUUUUAUACACGCUCGUCCUUUUUCCUGAACCCCUAUUUAUAGAAGUGUAUUUAUGCAAGACGGAGCAGAGGUUGCCCCCGGCAACAGGCCAAGCAUUUCUGGAAAGGAACACCUGUCAGUCUGGAAACAGCUGUCUCCAUCUUGGCAUCUUCCCUUACUCUUCUUUUUCUUCAUCCUUUUAUUCGUAUAGCUUAAGGCGCUUUUGAGUCCAUCUAUGUGCAUGUGGAUCUUCCUUUUCUCUCUCUCUCUCUCACCCUCGCUCUCUCUCUCUGUGGUCUGUGGAUCUGGCUUGAGUUAAGCUGUGUCUAGCUGUACACUACUCAGUUGUCAGGCCACACACUGAGGAACUUCCUGUCAUCUCCUGGGACAUACACCUCCCACAGAGCAGGAUCAAAUCUCUCUAAACCAUGGUCAUACCAUCACACUUACACCCCAGCAGAGUCUGUACAACCAGCAUGGGUCUGACAAGUGAACGUCUCUCUCUCUCUCUCUCUCUCACACACACACACACACACACACACACACACACACACGAAAGCCCUAGCUACACCACCACCUUUAAGUGACCUUGACAAAUCUUUACUUUUAUGCCAGGUACUACUAACAACCUAAUUCUGUUGUAUUAUAAACAAAAUAUAUAAUAUAACCAAAUGCACUGUAAAUCUAUUUAAGCUACAUUCAGCUGCAAAACCUCAGAUGAUUCAGACUGGUUUUGUAUACUCCAGCCAGAUG